UUUGGCGCCGUGGUUUGAAUUUUCAAUCCAAAACACGAUUUCUAUCCGUCAGAUUUGUUGCACUCAAUCGUUUCAAUGAACUAAAUAGUUAUUAUAUAUUUCAUUUAAAUAGUUUAUUUAUCAGUAAGUCUGUGCUAUAAUAGUUCAUAACAAUGCGUAAAAGUACCGCACCCAGUCAAAGCGUCGCCCUCACCCCGGUAAAUUCCGCCUUCAAAAGUCCGAUUUCCCUGUCGAACAAACGGACCCGAGAAUGUCGCGACCGCGCCAAAGACAAAAUCAAGGACACGGGACCACCCCCGCCGAAGCUGUCCGCGUCCGAGUUCGAACUGAUGAUCCAGAAAAUCCUCUCGCGCCCCUUCAAGGUGCCGAUUGCGAACUACGUUCCGGAGCACACGACCCGCUGUCUGGGAAUGAAGCGGCCGGCGGCCCGACGAGCACUACACGAUCCGUUUGCGUGCAAUGCGCUGGUGCUGUUCACGCCGGAGGAACUGACGGAGCACGACAAGCUCAAGACUGAUCCGGGCAAGAUUCAGGUCCACGUCGUGGUCGAUCCGCUGCUGGGGAAUAUUCUGCGGCCCCAUCAACGCGAAGGCGUCCGGUUCAUGUACGAGUGCGUGACGGGUAAACGAGGGGAUUUCCAGGGCUGCAUCAUGGCCGAUGAAAUGGGACUUGGAAAGACCUUGCAGUGCAUUACGCUUCUGUGGACUUUGCUCCGGCAAAGCCCAGACUGCAAGCCUACCAUCAACAAGGCGGUCAUCGUUUGCCCGAGCUCAUUGGUCAAAAACUGGUACAAGGAGUUCGGGAAGUGGCUGGGAUGUCGAGUGAACUGUCUGUCCAUUGACGGGGGUUCCAAGGAGCACACCACGAAGGAGCUGGAGCAGUUCAUGGCCAACCAAAGUAUGCGCCACGGGACACCGGUUCUGAUCAUCAGCUACGAAACGUUCCGGUUAUACUCGCACAUUUUGAACAACUCGGAAGUCGGAGCUGUACUGUGUGAUGAGGGUCAUCGGUUAAAGAACUGCGAGAAUCUCACCUAUCAGGCGUUGAUGGGACUGAAGACGAAACGGAGGGUACUGUUGUCGGGGACACCAAUUCAGAACGACCUUACGGAGUAUUACAGCUUGUUGCAUUUUGUCAACCCGGGAAUGCUCGGUAGUACCAGUGAAUUCCGUCGUCAAUUUGAGAAUCCGAUCCUUCGGGGUCAGGAUGCAAAUGCCACCGAGUCCGAGCGUCAAAAAGCAACCGAGCGCCUUCAGGAAUUGACCGCCCAGGUUAACCGUUGUAUGAUCCGACGGACGAGCGCUCUGCUCACCAAGUAUCUGCCAGUCAAAUUCGAGAUGGUCGUUUGCAUUAAAAUGACCGAAAUCCAAACCGAACUGUACAAGAGCUUCCUGCAGUCGGAUUCGAUCCGGCGGAAUAUGCUGGAGAAGGCUCAAGUAAAGGCCAGUUUGACGGCGCUGUCGAAUAUUACGUCGCUGAAGAAACUGUGCAACCAUCCGGAUUUGGUAUACGAUAAAAUCCAGGAGCGAGCGGAUGGAUUCGAGAAUGCCCACAAGAUUCUUCCUGGGAAUUACAGUUCGAAGGAUUUGCGACCGGAAUUCGGUGGUAAGCUGAUGGCACUGGAUUGUAUGCUGGCCACUAUCAAAAUGAACACCGACGACAAGAUUGUUCUGGUUUCGAACUACACCCAGACGUUGGAUAUGUUUGAGAAACUUUGUCGGAAGCGUGGCUAUGGCUACGUUCGGUUGGACGGAUCGAUGACCAUCAAAAAACGGGGAAAAGUCGUGGAUGAAUUCAACAAACCGGAUUCAAAGGAAUUCAUCUUCAUGCUCAGUUCCAAGGCCGGUGGCUGUGGGCUGAAUCUGAUUGGGGCCAACAGGCUCGUGAUGUUCGAUCCCGACUGGAACCCGGCGAAUGACGAACAGGCGAUGGCCCGAGUGUGGCGAGAUGGACAGAAGAAACCUUGCUUCAUCUAUCGACUUUUGGCGACAGGAACCAUCGAAGAGAAGAUUUUCCAACGUCAAACUCACAAAAAGGCUCUCUCCAACACCGUUGUGGACAACGAUGAGGAUGGAGAGCGGCAUUUCACGCAGGAUGAUCUGAAGGACUUAUUCCGCUUGGACGAAUCCACUAUUUCGGACACCCAUUCCAUCUUCAAAUGCAAACGAUGCGUCAACAACGUCCAGAUGAAGCUUCCGCCGGAGGAAAGCGAUUGCACGUCGGACCUCUCGCACUGGUAUCACUGCUCGAACAACAAGGGCAUCCCGGAUGAUAUCCUGUCCAAGGCGUGGGAUAUGACCAAGUGCGUUUCGUUCGUGUUCCACCAUCGAUCGAACAGUGCCGUGGUGGAACAGCAAAUUGCAGAACAGAAACGGGCGGAAGCGUUGAAGGGUAAAGAUGGCGAAAGGGAACAGGCCGAAGAAGUCGUUAGCGACGAGGAUGAUGACGAGGAGAAGGAGAAUGAAGAUUCCGGCCUCGAUGAAGACGAUGAUAAGGACGAGGACUUUGUACCGCGAAGGUGAUCGGUUUCUGAUCUAUUGAGAGUAUCGACAUAAAUAAUUGUGCUAAUAUGUUGUUA